CUCUUUUCGCAAUCAACUUCUCAUAUCAAUGAGCUCACUCUCCAGCUGAAAAUACUAACAAAAUGGUGCGUGCCACGGGAAUACUUGCUUUCUUAUCUUUGCUUUGCCUUCAUGCUUUUCUACUUACUGUCCUUGCUAGAGAUGUGGCCACCGUAGAGAAUGAUGAGAAGUUUUUGGGUAUUGGAAAGGGUGGUGGCUUUGGUGGCGGAGGAGGUGCAGGUGGAGGAGGUGGUUUUGGAGGUGGAGCCGGUGGAGGUGGUGGUUUUGGAGGCGGAGCCGGUGGAGGUGGUGGUUUUGGAGGCGGAGCUGGUGGGGGUGGUGGCUUUGGUGGCGGAGCUGGUGGGGGUGGUGGCUUUGGUGGCGGAGCUGGUGGGGGUGGUGGCUUUGGUGGUGGCGUAGGGUAUGGAGGUGGAGCAGGUGGAGGUGCAGGUGGAGGUAUUGGAGGUGGUGUAGGCAAUGGUGGUGGCAUAGGAAAAGGUGGAGGCUUAGGUGGUGGAGUUGGAAAGGGUGGUGGCAUUGGAGGUGGGAUAGGAAAGGGAGGUGGAUUAGGUGGUGGGAUAGGAAAAGGUGGUGGUCUUGGUGGUGGAAUAGGUAAGGGUGGUGGAAUUGGAAAGGGAGGUGGAUUAGGUGGCCGCCACGGUGGUGGGAUAGGAAAGGGAGGAGGAUUAGGUGGUGGCAACGGUGGUGGCAUAGGAAAGGGUGGCGGAAUAGGUGGAGGCCAUGGUGGUGGAAUAGGAAAGGGUGGCGGAUUAGGUGGAGGUCAUGGUGGUGGGAUAGGAAAGGGUGGAGGGGGAGGCAUUGGUGGUGGAGGAAUAGGUAAGGGUGGUGGAUUAGGUGGCGGCCACGGUGGUGGGAUAGGAAAGGGUGGAGGCGGAGGCAUUGGUGGUGGAAUAGGUAAGGGUGGUGGCUUAGGUGGUGGGAUAGGAAAGGGUGGAGGCGGAGGCAUUGGUGGUGGAAUUGGCAAAGGUGGAGGACUAGGCGGUGGCAUUGGAAAAGGUGGAGGACUAGGUGGUGGAAUUGGUAAGGGUGGUGGUCUUGGGGGAGGGAUAGGAAAAGGUGGUGGAGUUGGUGGAGGAGCAAGUGGAGGGUUUGGUAAAGGUGGCGGCAUUGGAGGAGGAGGGAUUGGAAAUGGUGGUGGAUUAGGAGGAGGUGGUGGUGGUGCCGGUGGAGGUUUUGGUAAAGGUGGUGGUUUUGGAGGAGGUAUUGGAAAAGGUGGGGGCAUUGGCGGCGGUGGUGGCUUUGGAAAAGGUGGGGGAGUUGGAGGAGGCAUAGGAGGUGGUUCUGGAGGUGGGUUUGGUGGAGGAGUAGGUGGCGGUGCUGGAGGUGGAUUUGGUGGGGGUGGUGGUUUCGGAGGUGGAGGGGGCGGUGGAAUUGGACACCAUUAAACGUGAGCAUUGCAUGCAUGCAAUGACAUAUAUAAUAUUCAGGAAUAUUAUAUAUAAAUGAUGAUUAUAUAUAUAUAGUUUCUCUUUGCACCUAAUGAUUUUUGUAUUAAACUUGUUAUAAUUGUAGAACCUAUGGUUAAAUUUCGUUCCUGAUGAGGGUGGAAUAAAUCAAAGUUUACAGAUAAUAAGAAUCCAGAAAUUCUGUGGAGAAA